AUUUUGAGCCCCCGAUGUCGCGAUCUCCUGAUAAUCCUGGUGUCCCGAAUGGGACAACACCAAAGGUGCGGGCUCCGUGGUGGGUGGGAAAUCAGGAUAGUGAACACAAGAAUACUGCAACAUUAACUAAAAUCAUUCAAUCACCUAAAACCGGUGGUACUGGGGGGUAAACCCAAAAGCACAAUUUUAAACGUACAACAGCGCCCUACGGUGAGUGGUAGACCAAAGGGGAAACCCCAAGGCCAAGCGCGAACCGAUGCCGGUGCUGGCCCAACACCAGCGGUAGUGGCCCGAGCCUCAUGCUCUGUGGUCCCCGCCCAGACACCUGGCUCUGCAUCGCAGAACCCAACACAUACAGCCCUUGAGGCAGGGUGGACUCUGGUGAGUCGCAAGCCCGAAACCACGGUACCCAUCCGCAAGGAAGGGCAAAGUGGCCAGGACGAGCGACCACCUCCAGCUACCAGUGGGAGCAGGGGACGCCCUGCCCGAAAGAACAAACGGGGUCGACUCCGAGAACGUGAGCGUCGCAAUACGAAGGAAAAUCCGAAAGAGGGAGAGGCGCGGCCCCCAGCGGGUGUCGGGAAUGAUGCAGAAACCGCGUUAGUACGUCCCACUGGACCGGACUCGCACGCGCCUGGAAGGGCCCCCCUCCCUCCAAGGAACAAACAAAUGCACAAGGCACAGAAGUCCUCGACCAAUGCCAAACGUGCCCGUCUCGACGAGACAUUGUCUCCAAGAGGCGAACUCAAAAGGCAAAAAGUCGAAAGGCCCGCCCAGUCCAGAACGUAUGCCGAGGCCACCGCACCGGAACUUCUAGCGGUGAUCACUUCCGUCAAGAUUGGUUAUAGAAGGAGCCCCGAUUCCGACAUAAUACAGGAGGCCCUUUGUGAGCGUCUCUCUCAAGGAGCAGAGGAAUGCAGUGAGGAGGACGUCAGCCCACAGUUCCGAGGUAAACCCUUCUAUAGCGACGGGUCCCUAAAGCUGUGGUGCCAGGACAAGGCCAUCUUCCAAUGGCUAGAGGACGCAAUCAGCACGAUCAGGCUGCCCACCGGGGAGCCUAUGUCAUUGAAAGAUGGAGUGGAGGCUCCCCGGAGGGUCUGUGGACUGCUGAUCCCCGGUCAAUGGGAGGAAGCGCGCCGAAUCGGCCACAUGCUCACUUGGCAGAAUAAGUGGGCGGAGGUCCACAGAUGGUUUGUCCACAGGUUGCAGCAGCGACAGGGAAAUAACUUUGUGGUGAGACCUGAGUUCCUAAAGCUUCUAACUGACGCGGCCACGGCCCUGCCUGAUGUGGUGCUCUAUAUGGCGGAGACUGAUGUGCCACCACCACAGGAAAUGGUACAGCUAAUCAACCACUGCGAGCAGAACGGCCAGCACAUUGUCGUGGCCCCUGAGUCUAAUGCCCACCAUCCGCUGUGGGGCAUGGAACUCGCAAAUGACAGAAGUAUCACGGACAGCCCUCUAUGCAGAGCGUGCAAAGAGGGGGAGGAAACGGCCGUGCACAUCCUACUAGAGUGCUCCGGCGUGGCCAACUACAGGGCAAAGUACCUUGGAGUGCCGAGGGCGCUCCCCGAAGUCUUAAGCAAACCGAAGAGGCUGCGAUUCCUGGAGGAGCUUAGGUGGCACGAGUACGACCCUGCAACCACCACACGCAAAAUAGGCGCCUCGACGUCGAGUUGCGGAAAGCCCGUUACACCAAAUACCAGGUGUGCCUGUGUGUACUGUGUUACUAGGGACACGGAAAAGAAUCGAUACUUUUUGGUGCCGAGCACUUUGUUUAUACCAAUAUUUUUGUAG